AAUGGCAAAAAGUACACGCCUCUGAAACGAGGCUUUGCGCUGAAGCGAUGAUCACACUGACAUUAAGAGGCCUCUAGUUCACUGAUUCUGUAAUGCUCUCUCAGUUCCGGUGAUGGCGCUGCUGUUUCUGUUGCUGUUGCUGGCGGUGUUGCUGCUGGGCGCACAAUCGGAGUACAUAGCUUACAAUACGACGGCGGGUAUCGUCCCGGGGAAGCUCAACGUCCAUUUGGUUCCUCACUCUCACGACGACGUCGGGUGGCUUAAGACGGUGGACCAGUACUACGUCGGCGCCAACAAUUCGAUUCGCGGUGCUUGCGUACAGAACGUCAUCGACUCCGUCAUCUCCUCCUUAUUCGAGGAUAAGAACCGCAAGUUCAUCUAUGUUGAGAUCGCCUUCUUCCAGAGAUGGUGGCGCCAGCAGAGCCCUUCUAUGAAGAUCAAAGUCAAGCACCUGGUCACCUCUGGUCAACUCGAGUUCAUCAAUGGGGGCAUGUGUAUGCACGACGAGGCCACCGCGCACUACAUUGAUUUGAUUGAUCAGACGACCCUGGGCCAUCAGUUUAUACUGAAAGAGUUUGGUCAGACUCCUCGUGUUGGCUGGCAGAUUGAUCCUUUUGGCCAUUCUGCUGUUCAAGCUUACUUGCUUGGUGCUGAGUUAGGUUUCGAUUCCCUCUUUUUUGCUCGAAUUGAUUACCAAGAUAGAGCAGUUCGACUCAGGGAUAAGACUCUUGAGGUUAUAUGGCAGGCUUCUAAGUCCCUUGCUUCGUCUUCACAGAUUUUCACUGGCGUAUUCCCAAGGCACUAUGAUCCUCCUGAUGGUUUCGUUUAUGAAAUAAAUGAUGUGUCACCCCCUAUUCAGGAUGACAUUCUGCUGUUUGACUACAACGUCCAAGAGCGAGUCAAUGACUUUGUUUCAGCUGCUUUAGCCCAGGCUAAAGUGACAAGAACAAAUCAUAUUAUGUGGCUCAUGGGGACAGACUUUCGCUACCAAUAUGCAAAUUCAUGGUUCAGGCAAAUGGACAAAUUCAUUCAUUAUGUCAACCAGGAUGGGCGUGUCAAUGCAUUUUAUUCAACUCCAUCAAUCUACACUGACGCAAAAUAUGCGGCAGAUGAACAAUGGCCUCUCAAAACUGAUGAUUUCUUUCCAUAUGCCGACCAUCCAAAUGCAUAUUGGACUGGUUAUUUUACAAGUCGUCCAGCUUUUAAAGGUUAUGUCCGAUUUUUGAGUGGUUACUAUCUGGCAGCAAGGCAGUUGGAAUUCUUCAAAGGCAGGAGUGGUUCUGGAGCAAAUACUGAUGCAUUAGCUAAUGCCUUGGCUAUUGUUCAACAUCAUGAUGCAGUUAGUGGUACACAAAGACAGCAUGUGGCUGCUGAUUAUGCAUUGCGGUUGUCAGUAGGUUAUUUGGAGGCUGAAAAGUUGGUUUCCUCUUCUCUUGCUUACCUUUCAGAGUCAGAACCAAGUUCUGGGCAGAAGUGCACAUCCACAAAAUUUGAACAAUGCCCUCUUCUAAACGUCAGUUAUUGUCCACCAUCAGAAGCUGUCUUAUCUGAUGGGAAAAGCUUGGUUGUUGUAAUCUACAAUCCUCUUGGUUGGAAGAGAGAGGAAGUAAUACGGAUCCCUGUUUCCAAUGAAAGGGUCACUGUUCAAGAUUCUAGCCGAAGAAUAAUUGAGGCUCAGCUUCUACCACUCUCAAAUGCCAGGUUGAAAUUAAGAAGUUACUAUGUCAGAGCACAUUUGGGAAAUACCCCUAGGGAACUACCCAAGUAUUGGCUAGCUUUUUCAGUAACGGUACCACCACUUGGUUUCAGCUCUUACACUGUCUUGAGUGCAAAACAGACAGAUAUAGAUCGAAGGUCAACUGUCUCCACAGUAUACACAUCAAAAGGAAAUACAAAUAAGACCAUAGAAGUUGGACAAGGGAAUCUAAAGCUACUUUAUUCUGCAAAUGAAGGAAAACUUGCUCGUUAUUUGAACAGCAGAAACAUGGUUACGGCUGUUGCAGAACAAUCAUAUAGUUAUUAUACAGGAAAUGAUGGAACUGACAAAGAUCCUCAGGCCUCUGGGGCGUAUGUAUUUCGACCGAAUGACACAGUUGUUAUCAAAUCUGAAGAAAAGGUCUCUCUCACUGUGAUGCGAGGCCCGAUAUUAGAUGAAGUGCAUCAGCAGAUCAAUCAAUGGGUGUCUCAGGUUACGAGGUUAUACAAAGGAAAGGAGCAUGCUGAAGUAGAGUUCACUAUUGGGCCUAUACCCGUGGAUGAUGGUACUGGAAAAGAAAUCACAACUCAACUUACAACAGCCAUGAAGACCAAUAAGACAUUCUACACGGAUUCUAAUGGUCGAGACUUCAUUAAGCGGGUUCGAGAUUUCAGGACAGAUUGGCACCUACAAGUGAACCAACCAAUAGCCGGAAAUUAUUACCCAAUUAAUCUUGGAAUCUAUGUGCAAGAUAGCAGUACAGAACUUUCAGUCUUGGUUGAUCGUGCAGUGGGGGGAACUAGCUUAGUAGAUGGUCAAGUAGAGCUGAUGCUUCACAGGAGGCUAAUUCAUGACGAUAUUAGAGGUGUUGGUGAGACGCUAAAUGAAACAGUUUGUGUUUCAGACAUGUGUGAAGGUUUAACUGUCCAAGGGAAGUUUUAUCUCAGAAUUGAUCCUCUUGGGGAAGGUUCUAAGUGGCGUCGCACAGCUGGUCAAGAGAUAAGUGCUCCACUUAUAUUGGCCUUUGCUGAAGAGGAAGGAAAUGAUUGGAUGAAUUCUCAUGUACCCACAUUUUCGGGAAUUGACCCUUCCUAUGCCUUACCAGACAAUGUUGCCGUGAUAACCCUCCAGGAACUUGAAAAUGGGAAAGUACUCCUUCGGUUGGCUCACCUAUACGAGAGCGGUGAGGACAAGGACCAUUCUGUACUGUCAAAUGUGGAACUAAGAAAGUUGUUUCCAAGGAAAAAGAUCAUCAAAGUGACAGAGACGAGUUUAUCUGCCAAUCAAGAAAGAGGUGAAAUGGAGAAGAGGAAAUUAGAUUGGAAAGUGGAAGGAUUUGGCGGAGCCGGCAUAGAGUCUAAGGUGGUGAGGGGAGGCGCUGUUGACCCUGCAAAACUGGUGGUGGAACUUGCACCGAUGGAAAUACGCACUUUCCUUAUUGACUUGGAUUACCUUCACAUGUAUGGUUCCUGAAUCCUGAAGAAACAAGAUUUGGGCGUCGACCACGUACUUGUUGCUGUAGAUUGUAUCUUGUAAACUAAUCGAGACCGAAAUUGGAAAA